CGACAGCCUCGGGACUUCGGGACAAAUGUCACGGGUGUCACGGCGUCGGGUGCUCCCCCUUCUCUUUCUAGCUCGCACCCUGACUCGCUACAUACUACAGUGUCGCUCACGGACCCCUAUUUUUCGUUGUUGCAGACCUCCUCUACCGCCAGACGGUCGUCGUCAACGGGUCCCUGACUGACGUAGAGAUCUUCGACGUGUCCGGGGAGACGAGGGACACCAUGACCCCCGAGGAGGCGUCGCAGCUGUCGGCGGACGGCGCCGUGGUCGUGUACUCCAUCGUGGACCGGGCGUCGUUCGAGUACGCGCGCCACGUGCUGGCGCUGCUGGGGGCCGUGCCCGGGCUGCGCAUCACGCUGCUCGCCAACAAGGCCGACCUGGCGCACCUGCGCGCCGUGCAGGCCUCGGAGGGCCGCGCGCUGGCCGAGGCCGCCGCCGGCGCGCCCUUCUACGAGGUGUCGGUGGCCGAGGACAGCGCCGACCUCUACCAGGCGUUCGAGCUGCUGGUCGGCGAGUGCCACGCGCUGCUCGCCACCAACAACAACAACAAUAACAACAGCACCAACGCCAACUACAACAACAACAGCGGCAGCAACAACAACGCCAACGGCGCGGAUCGCCAGGCGCAGCAGCAGGGCGGCACUGCGGGGCGGACGCGGAAGUUCUCCGUCACCAAGAUGCUGGGGACGCUCAUCGGCUCCAAGAGCUCCUCGCCGCCGCCCGCCGCCCCCGCGCCCACCGCCUCCCUGCAGGGCACCGUGGUCGUCUGCCACAAGUCGGAGCUGUUCCGGCGGGGUGUGCUUCGCAGCCGGCGCCACAAGACGUCCAUCACCGCCUCGCUGUGACUAGCGUGACCGCGUGACCGCAUGACCGCGUGACUGGCGGGACCAGCGUGACUGGUGUGACUAGCGCGACUAUGGUGGUGGUCGUGAACCACAAGUCGGAGCCACAAGACGUCCAUCACCGCCUAGCUGUGACUAGCGUGACCAGCGGGACUAGCGUUACUAGCGUCUGACUAGGGUGGUCGUGAACCACUGGUCGGAGCCACAAGACAUCCCAGGUGAUCCCGAGCCCUCCCCGCUUCGGGAGCUGAGAUCGCAAAACCGCAUUGUUUUGUUUGUUUUUUAAAUUUACUCCAAUAGGGUCAGACUCAUACGUGUGAGUGAGUGAGUGAGUGAGUGAGUGAGUGUGUGAGUGAGUGAGUGAGUGAGUGAGUGAGGGAGUGAGUGAGUGAGUGAGUGAGUGAGUGAGUGAGAGAGAGA